UCAAUUACAAGACACGAAUUCUCUAAUAUUAUUUGCAAAUUAAGUGGGCGAUUCAAAUAUCGCGCCUAACAUUUAACUCGUGAUCAAAGCUCGGAAUUGUUAUUUACCGAUGACCAUGCGUUGAUGGAAGCGUCCUAACCUGUUGCAACCUGUCGUUGAUUGACACAAGAUCGUGAAUAAAUGCAAAAAUGCGGCCACAAAAGUUUACGCUUCCAAUUGACGCUAGCAGUUUUUCACACACGAAUAAAAAGGUCGUUGUCGUGUCUGUAUUUGGUAAAUCCCAAUAUCGUACGAAAGGAUGUAAAACGGAUAUGUUGAGUUCUAUCCUCCAAGUGGAUCUUUUGAACGAGCCAACUGUGGAUGAAACGUCUAUGUGCGAAAUCGAAGGAUAUCAUAACGUUAAAGACAAAACCGUAUAUCUACAUCUGCGGGGAUUUUUGGAUUCUCAUACCCUUUUGUCCGAAUACGACAGAUUCGUAGAAAAGCAAGAUUGCAAAGACUUUCUCAGCGUAUGGGCGCAUAUGAGAUAUAAAUACGCCAGAGCUUUACUGGUGUUAUUUCAUAUAUCUCAUGUGAUAAUACUUACCCAUCCGACUCAUACGUUCGAUUACAGUUACAUACAUUUAUUUCGUGCCAUGGAUAUAGUACGGCAAAAAAUUUCUCCUCAACUUUCAGAUGUAUUAAGUGGAAUAUGUAGUAUACCAAAAGAUUGGAUAUCGAAUGCUAGACCUUGUUCUCCGAGGGUAUUAUUCUAUUUUGAAAGUUGUCCUAUACCUAUGACGCUGCAGGAUGCGGAUAACGGAGGAAAUAUUAAAAAACUGGAACAUUCGUUGGAAGAUCAAAUUUAUCAUGUCUUGAGAAAAAAUAGAAUAGUUACAAACAUAAGUUCAAACUCGUUAUUUGCGAUCCCAGCAAAUCAAGAAUUUGUAUAUGUACAUAACGGUCCUACCGAAUCUAGAGAUAUUUUGGGUUACAUGAUGAAAAAAUUGAUUCAAAGUUGUAAAGUUAGUUCCGGUGGUAGUACGUCAAGAAGUCUUGCUAGUUUAGAUACAAAUCUUGAAACGGAUGAUACAGAGAUUGAAACACGUUCUUUCAAAUCAUUCUUGCAACAACAUAUAAAUCUUGCUUUUGGCAGAGGUUUCGAUGACAACGUUGGUAGACAUUCGGUACCAGCGUACUUUGAGAUACCUACGUUAUCGUUAUUCUGCAAUGUGGCAAACAAAAUUUUGGAAUACUUCAUAAAAGGAAUAGACAAAGAAUUACUAUCUUUACAUAGUCUAUUGGACACUGACGUUAAAUUCAGUAAAAGUAGAUGUAGCAAAGUACUCCCAAGAGCCUUGCAAACUUAUCAAGAGAAUCUUCCUCAACAUUACACAAGAGCAUAUCACGAAUCGAAAUUAGCACAUGCUAUGGCAGUUUUCGAAAUGCAUGCACGAGGUCCGUUGUUUGAAGAAUUUAGCGAGAAAUUGCAAGCAGAAUGCGACAAACAUUGGCGAACUGGACGACAAAUGUGUGAAGUAUUGUCGUUAACUGGGAACCCUUGCACAAACCCGAUUCAUAAAGGAGGCAGCGAAGGUGCUGGAGGUGGUGAACAACUUGAACCAGGAGGAGAUAAUAGUGAAUUACCGAUCAUGGAACACUGUAGCGGGGUUCGAUAUAUCUGUGCCUGCAAUUGUGGAAGAUGUCAAGGGCCACGAGAGGAUCCGUUUAGUUUACGGCAGGCUAAUUACGACUAUUUUCAAAUGUUAGCAAAGCAAUGUGGUUGCGCGCAAUUAGAAAGUAUACAAUUUCCUAUUUUUCAGCCCAGUACUCAUAAUUUCAGAGCGGCACAGUUAUUUUCAGGAACGAAACGUAAGGAUUCGCUUAGUAGGACUAAUUUAUCCACGCCUCAAGGUCAAACGCAACCUUGCAGUCUUGGGGUUGAAAAUACCUUAAAUGACGACAUUACAGCGUAUGAAAGUGGUGCACCCUCUCCAUUGAAAAGUGAUCCUACGGAAGAAGAUGUUCCGAGAUUGAGUAACAAGACGAGUCUUACUCCUAGCGACGGACACAAAGUCGUUAUAGAAGUUUCCGAUGAUGCAGAAAAUACCAAAGAAAAGUCUCUGGUGAGACAACCAUCAACAACGGAAUAUCUACCAGGGAUGUUACACACGGAGUCACCGGCCGGAUUAUUACCACAAUUUUCUAGCUGGUCUCUGGUUUGUCUUGGCCCAAGCAGUUUGUACUCGCACAAUUUGGGUUUGCAACAUCAAGCAGGUGUGUUGCCAACUUCUGCAUUCCUUUUGCCAUGGGACGUAACAGUAAGAUUAGAGCAUCAGAAGGAAAGGGGAUCUUUGUGGCCUACUAUAAACGAUCAUGGGGUUCACGGAUAUUGCCAAAGAGGUAAAAACUUUCAAAACCUUAAUACCAUCCGCGGUCGAAAAUCCAAAAGUGGGAAGGAAUUUGUUGUUAAGAUAUUCGUUGGAGUGGAAUACGAAUGCCCGAGAGGCCAUAGAUUUAUGGCAUCUGCGCCGGACAAGGUUUUAAAGGCAACUGGUAAUGGAAUCGUAAAGGAUAGCGGAAACAAAGUAACAUCCAGUACUACAGAUAUGCCUCUUUACUUUCCAUGUCCGUGCAGGCAAACGCAACCUUUGAUAGCUCAACUUAUGAGAAUUCACGUGGUUACUCCGAAAGCACCCGUUCACGUUACGUUAAAUCCUCGAGUUCAACCGGGACCUCCACCGUGUCCCAUAUUUGUAACCGGUUGUGAAGAACCGAUCAAACUUUCGCAAAGUGCUUAUUGGGUUCUGAGAUUACCUUACGUCUAUAUGGGCGAGAAGGGCCCAUAUUUACCACCAAAAGAACCAGUACCUCCUUCCCACGGUCGAUUACUAGCUGGCAUGUAUGGUAUUAGCGAAGUUGUGCCAGAAAAGAAAUAAGAUUUUUUAAUAAAUCUUUCCUCGCGAUAGUCAAAGGAUUACCACUCACCUUUGCAGAAGUUUUUCCCUCGGAAGAGAAACGUAACGCCUCGUUGACUUUAUACAGACCAAAAAUCGUAGAAUGAACUGGAAUAACGAGGCCUUCUUCGUAAAAAUCUAAGACUUCUUGUCCGGCUUGUCUAUACAAUUGUACUGUAAGUGUUAUCGUGCGUGCGUUUUCUAAUUUAAUUCUUUAAGUAUAUUUUUUUAAUGUACGACUUUUAAAAAAUACCAAAGCAGCUGCAUUUAAAUACUUAAAUAAGGGUACUUUUAUAUUGGAGCUGCGAUAGAAAAAAGUAAGCGUAGCUUUGCUCGCUGCUUCGAUAUAAUCGCUUCCGUAUAGAACGCAUUUCUGCGCUUCGCUCCCAUCACCGCCCUUAUCGUUCCUCGCAGCUCCGAGAUAAACGUAACCCUCUAGGAUGCCUUGAAAAUAUCAACAAUAGAUAUAGGAAUAUGUUUUAACUAAAAUCUAAAAUAAUCAAAACGUAUGACUUGCCGAUAACUAUCUGGAUCCUUUUUUCUGUAUUCAUUAAGGUUAAAACCGGUGAUACUGAAAGAACCUGCUUCGACCUUCGAUUGUGCAUCCUCCUUAGUGGCAGCUGCGCCGGCAAUUACUAUACGCCCUUCAUGAGAGAGGCUAUAAUUCCAUAAACGAUCUUAUGCUUAUAAAUACUAGAUAUUGAGUUUUAUACCUUCAUGAGAUAAAUGAUGUAUCGCCACAGUAAAAUUAUCAUCGCGCAGUAAAUCUUUCAACGAUGUGCCACUUUUAUAUAUAUCAGUGUAACUAAAAUUAUUCAUUUUUUCGAUAAAUGUGUUUAACAAUACUAGUAACAGUAAAAAAGUAUAUUAUAUUAUUAAAAAUACCAGAAAUUGUACCAUUU